AUGGCAGAGGCAUGGGACAGCGUAGUCCGUCGGGGCCUCCUACUGUUCGACAGUGCCAGCCGCACAGGUGCUCUCAGCCUCGCCGAGCCUGCUCCUGACAGCAGCAAUGGUCAACAGCUUGUUGUACAGGGGGCAAAGAGAUUUUCUGCAAAGGCCUCGUCUAGAAGCUGGGGUGCUGAUGGGGGAAGCAGUGGACCCGGCUCCCGUGCAAGCAGCGGAGGGUCCCGGGGCCGGGCAGGCGACGGGGAGCGGCAGGGGCAGCCGGCAAAGCCGAGGGCGGCGCCGUCUGUGGGAACAGCUGCGCGCGGCGUGGGGGCCGACUACUGGAAGUCACAACCAAAGAAGUUCUGUGAUUACUGCAAGUGCUGGAUAGCAGACAACAGGCCUAGUGUUGAAUUUCAUGAAAGAGGAAAGAAUCACAAGGAAAAUGUGGCCAAGAGGAUCAGUGAGAUUAAACAGAAAAGUUUGGACAAGGCAAAGGAAGAAGAAAAGGCAUCCAAGGAGUUUGCUGCGAUGGAGGCAGCUGCCCUGAAGGCAUACCAGGAGGACCUGAAACGGCUUGGCUUAGAGUCAGACAUUCCACAACCAAGUAUAUCACCAGUGACCAGCACUGUCCAGCCCACCCCUCCAUCGAAUCAACAGAAAGAGAAGAAAAAGAAAAAGGAAAAGAAAAAGAAAGACACUUCGAAGGGUAGAUGGGUGGAAGGCGUAACGGCUGAUGGUCACUGUUACUAUUAUGAUCUCAUCACAGGAGCAUCUCAGUGGGAGAAGCCAGAAGGAUUUCAAGGGAACCUAAAAAAGACAGCAGCAAGGGCCAUUUGGGUAGAAGGUUUAAGUGAAGAUGGUUACACCUAUUACUAUAAUACAGAAACAGGAGAGUCCAAGUGGGAGAAGCCUGAUGACUUCGUCCCACACGCUGGUGGCGGGCCUUCUAGUAAGGACAGUGAAAAGUCCCCUGACAUCCUGGAAGAGCCCAAGUCCUCAGAUUCCCACAGUGACUCUGACGGCGAACAGAAGAAGGCCGGGGAGGCCACUGCAGACACGAAGAAACUAAUCAUCAAGUUUAAGGAAAAAAAUAAAAGUACUGAAAAAAGAACUGACCCAGAAAUACAAAAAGAAAAAGGUAGCCCCAAACAGAAUCCACCGAAUACAAGUGAAGAAAAGCCUAAAACGCUUAAGAAAUCAACAAACCCUUACGGGGAGUGGCAAGAAAUCAAACAAGAGAGCGAGUCUCAAGAAGAGGUCGAUUUGGAACUUCCAAGCACUGAAAACGAGUAUCUGUCAACUUCAGAAGCUGCUGCUGGAGAAAUCAAAGUGGUAUUUAAAGAAAAAACAGUCUCUUCUCUGGGAAUUGCAGCAGAUGGGGUGGCUCCAGUCUUCAAAAAGAGAAGAAUUGAAAAUGGGAGAUGUCGGAAUUUAAGACAGCGAGCUGACGAUGAGUGAGUGACUGGGAACGUUGUGAGUGCUGUGGACAGAGGAGACGGCACUUUCCGAGCCUCUCUGUGCUUUGCGUACUAUAGUGCUGCAGUUUACAUUCCUGCUAAAUGUAUUUUGUGUGACUCAGAAUAAAUCUUUUUUCAUGUGAAAUUUAUUUUUGUUCCUUAAGUGGAAGCCUACCACAUUGCAUUGUAAUAUAGUGUAUUAUGUUCAAUGUCUAAAAUUGCUAAUUAUAUGAUAAUUUAAGAUG